GGGCGUCCAAGUACUCCGCUUGCUAUUUUAAUGAGACACAGUACUUCGAACACCUUGUGCUUACGUAGCUGAUCAGGAUAGCUCCAUGAUCCCUACUACCGUUCCAUUGCUUUGACAGUUGUCCAUAGAAUCCCAACCGCAUUCCAUAACUCCACCAGAUAAUGCGAAUACCCUGACGAACAACUCACACUCUCUCUAUCAAGUCGAAUCAUAUCAAAACUCUUAUUUAAUAUUUAAUCCAACAUGACAAACCUUUUGACCGACCCCGCCCUCUUUAUCUUCACCUCUUUGACAGCUGGCUCGUCCCACAUCGUCACGGCCACCUCACGUCUCGAGACCAUCCUACGCGCCAACCGGGUUCCCUUCAAAGCCGUCGAUAUUGCCGUCGACACCAAGGCUCGCUUGCUAUGGGGUCGAAGAGCCGGUAAAGACAAGAGCGGUCGCCCAAGGAAACUUCCUGCCCUGGUUCAGGAGGGCUGGGUUCUGGGUGAUAUUGUUGAAAUCGAAGAAUGGAACGAAUAUGGCGAGCUCAAGGAGCACGUCACGAUUUACUUCGACGAAUUCACCAUCCCCUCCAUCAACGAUAAGCUUCCCGAGCCUCCCUUAAAACGGCCCAUCGACCUUACCGGCGGCCUUCUUGCCUCCAUGGCCCCUUCGCCUGUCGCCAAGGCUGUAGCAGCUGCAGCCGCCAGCGCCGCCGCUGCUCCAAAGCCUGCUCCUGCUGCGCCUCCGCUACCGGGAGCCAAGGCCGCUCCAUCCUCUGCGACACUGAAGGCUUCUACAGAACCUAAGAAGGAAGAGAAGGCCCUGCCUGUCCGAUCCGUCGCCGACGAAGCUGCGCAAAAGGCUAAGGAACUUCGCUUGAAGACUCUGCGAGAAAAGGUCCAUGGUAAGGAUGGUGCGAAGGCUAAGAAGGACGACACAAGCGCAAAGGAGACUGGAAAAUCUAAGGAAUCAGGAACUCCUGUCGCAAAGACCGAUGGCAUUCAGUCGCCAACAUCCGGUUCGUGGGCCGAGACGGAUGCAGGACGAAACGCUAUUCAGAGUCCAACAAGCGGCACUUGGAAGGAAAGCGGUCCAGGUUCAAUCUCCUCCUUGAAACGAGCCAGUGUGGAAGUGAGCCCGGACGAGGCUAAAGCUGUGGAAGCUAAGACGGCCAUAACGGAAGAGCCCGAAUUGGAAAAGAAGGCUGAGAUAAAGUCGGACGAUGAUGAUUCGGACGACGAUGAGGAUGAGACCGAAGAGGAGGAGGAAGAGGACACUGAUGAGGAUAGUGACGAGGACAGCGAAGAAGAUGAGGAAGAAGAAACCAAGAAGCCUGGGGUAGCGCCAGAACCCGAGGCGGCAGCAGCAGCAGCAGCAGCAGCAGCAGCACCUGUAGAAACGGCAGAAGCUGCUAAAGAUGACAAGCCUAAAGAAGAGUCGGAGAGCACCAAGAAAGAGAUCAAGAAAGACUCCCACAAAGACUCGAAGAAAGACUCGAUAAAGGACCACAAGAAAGAUGUCAAGAAAGACACCAAGAAGCCAGUCAAGAAAGAUCCUAAGGAGACCAAGAAAGACGUGAAGAAAGACCCCAAGAAGGAUUCCAAGAAGGAUACUAAGAAGGACACUAAGAAAGAUAGCAAGAAAGAUACCAAGAAAGACUCCCACAAAGACUCGAAGAAAGAAGUCAAGAAGGAUCCCAAGAAAUAAGAGCGAUUUGGAGCAGGACGAAUCAAAGAAUUUCGCUUGAAUGUUCUAGUUAGAUGGGGAAAUAAUAGUGUACAGAGUCUAGUCAAACUCAACCGAUAUACCACCAUGACAUUAAUAACAAGAAAUACCCAAUCUCCCCUCAAACACUCAAUAUACAAAAAUGCUAUAUAAUGCCGUG